AUGAGUCACCAAAAACAUAUUGAUCGCGUCUCCCGCGUGAUCAAAGGUUCACGUACAUCCUCAUGCCCUGUUAAUGGCCAAAUAUUACAGCCACUUACUACGCCGUUGCAUUUCGCACAUUAUUGUCCAUCAGUAUCAAAGUCAGGAGAAACCGCAAUCGCUUACCCGCAAAAGGUUGAAUACGUUUACGUCUACACAACCGAGUUGAAAAGGGAGGUUGGAAGUAUUGGUGCCGAGAUACAGGCCUUGAAGGCAGCGUCAAGACUCAGGGAUGCUGAACUGCAGCGUGACAUCGCACAGAUGAAGCUUCGGAUAGAGCAGAUGCGUCGUCCACGGGCAUAA